GACACUGUUGCAAAGGGAAGAAGCUUGCGGCCAGUCCUACCGGAAAGCAUAUUAAUGUGAAAUAUAUUUUAAAAAUAACUAUUUAUUUUUGGAAUUUUCAUUUACAGCCCGUUUGGUCAAAGUGAGAUGUUUUGGUGAGGGGACAAACACAGAUAUUUUCCACUUGUCUUCCUUUUUUUUUAAUCUUGGAUAUCUUCAAUUUCUUUGACUAAACUCCUAUUAGUUUUAUAUUUAAUGUAUUUAAUGUAACUAUUAUUAUUUAACCCACCCCAACAACCCCAACUUGUCACGUUUAUUGGUAAAAGAUGCAUGCUAGUUGACUAAGGGGCAAUAUACAAAUCAGUCUCUUUUGUGGACCUUUCGUAGCACUUUUCUAGAGACUAAAAAAACUUGUGGGACCCAUCCUCAUGUUUGUAUUUCUCUGUCACUGUUUUAUUUAUGUCAAGUAAGUUUUUUUGUGACAGAUCUAAGCACUCAGGUCAACACUAAGUGGCCCUGAAUAUGCUACCAGACUCCUUUUCUGUUUCUGUUUUUGUUUUUGUUCUUAUUCUGUUAUUAUCUGUAUAAACCCCUCCACUCUCUUAUCUUCCCUUUCUUGGUUUAUACCAAAGAGAAGCUAAAAGAAAGAAAAAGUGGUGAUAACUAAUUGCAAAUGCUAUAUCUGAAAUAUGUCUACCUCUCACAAAAAGUAUGAUGUAUUCAUUAGCUUUAGGGGAGAGGACACAAGGACAAACUUCACUGCGCAGCUUCAUCAAGCUCUUACCAAUAGAAACAUCGAAACAUACAUUGAUUAUAAUCUCAUAAAGGGACAUGAGGUUGGACCUGCUCUUGCCAAAGCAAUCCAUGACUCACAUCUGUCUAUUGUAGUUUUCUCAGAAAACUAUGCAACCUCAAAGUGGUGCUUGGAUGAACUCCUCCACAUACUUCAGUGCAGAGAACUUCAUGGACAGGUAGUUAUACCUGUGUUCUGUGACGUAGAUCCAUCACAUGUACGUUAUCAGAAAGAGAGUUAUCAGAUAGCAUUCGCAAAAUACCAGAGAGAAUUCGUCAAGAACAGGAAAUCCAAUCUAAACAAAGUGUCUGAGUGGAAAGCUGCUCUCACUUUAGCCGCCAAUAUAUCUGGAUGGGACUCUCGUAAAUAUAGGGAUUAUUCUCAAGUCAUAGACAAUGUUGUGGAGGAUGUUUUGCAGAAGUUGUCCCUCAUGUAUCCUAAUGAACUGAAAAACCUUGUUAAUGUUGACGAAAACAAUGAACAUAUUAAAUUAUUACUGAAAACAACACCAAGAAUCGGAAUUUGGGGCAUGAGUGGAAUAGGAAAGACAACCAUAGCCAUACAGAUGUUUGCCAAGAACUUUGCCCAUUAUGAUAAUGUAUGUUUCUUGGAAAAGGUUAGCGAAGAAUCAGAAAAGUUUGGACAAACGUAUGUUCGUAAUAAGCUUCUUAGUAAGCUACUGAAGCGAGAGAUUACUGCGUCUGAUGUUCAUGGACAGCAUACAUUCAUCAAGAGGAGGCUCAGUGGUAAUAAAAGUUUAAUUGUACUUGAUGAUGUCGAUAAUGCUACACAACUAGAUGAUUUGUGUGGAAUACUUGAUGACCUUGGACCUAAGAGUAGACUCAUUAUCACAACGAGAGACAGACAUAUGCUUAGUGGAAGAGUUGACAAGAUAUAUGAGGUCACACCAUGGAAGCUUAAAGACUCUCUAAAGCUUUUUAGCUUAGGAGCCUUCAAGCAAAGCCAUCCUAGAGAGGGUUACGAGGAUAUCUCGGAAAGGGCGGUUCGAUAUGCAGGAGGUGUUCCGUUAGCUUUAAAAGUUUUGGGUUUACAUUUUGAUUCCAAAAAACCAAAAUUUUGGGAAGCUGAGUUGAAUGAUUAUGAGAUCAAAGGAGAAGCCUUCCCUGAUAUUCAAAAAGUGCUAAAGCUAAGCUACAAUGGAUUAUCAUGGCGAGAGAAGGAAAUGUUUCUAGACAUUGCAUUCUUUUUCAAAGAUGAAGACAAAGACUUCGUCACAAGGAUACUAAAUGCCUUUGGUUUCAAUGCAACUAGUGGAGUUGAAAUCCUAGAGGAUAAAGCUCUUAUAUCCAUUUCAAACAGCAAUAGGAUACAGAUUCAUGGCUUACUGCAAAAGAUGGCCUUUGAUAUAGUUCGGCAAGAACAUAAUAAAGACCCAGGAAAGCGCAGCCGACUGAGGGAUGCUAAAGAUAUUUGUGAUGUACUUGGAAAAAACAAGGGGAGUGAUGCAGUUGAAGGAAUAAUAUUUGAUUUGUCUCAAAAACUUGAUUUAAAUGUUCAAGCUGACACAUUCAACUUGAUGACUAAAUUAAGAUUUCUUAAAUUCCACGUCCCCUCGGGUAAAAAGAAAUUGGGCACGGUGCAUCUUCCUAAAAAUAUUAUGCCGUUUUUUGACAAAUUGACAUACCUUGAGUGGAGCGGGUAUCCCUUGAAGUCUCUCCCACAACCUUUCCGUGCUGAGCAGUUGAUUCACAUUUGUUUGCCAAACAGCAACAUUGAACAUCUUUGGUCUGGGAUGCAGGAACUUGUGAAUUUAGAGGCAGUCGACCUAAGUGAAUGCAAACAGUUGAUCGACCUCCCUGAUUUGUCGGGGGCAUUAAAAUUAAAACAGUUGCGCCUUUCCGGCUGUGAAAAUUUAUGUGAAGUUCAGGCUUCUUCUUUUUCUAAGGAUACUCUUGAUACUCUGCUACUGGAUAGGUGCACAAAAUUGCAAAGUCUUAUGGGUGAGAAGCAUUUAACAUCUCUAGCAAAUUUCAGUGUCAAAGGUUGCUCAAGUCUGAAGGAGUUUUCGCUGUCUUCAGAUCAAAUAAGAAGGUUGGAUUUAAGCAAUACAGGAAUCGAAAUAUUGCACCCAUCAAUCGGUGGUAUGAACAAGCUUUAUUCGUUGAACCUAGAAGGUUUAAAUCUAACAAAUCUACCGAUUGAAUUGUCUCGCUUGAAAUCACUUACUGAACUUCGGGUUUCUAAGUGUAGUGUAGUAACUAAAUCAAAGUUAAAAGCCCUUUUUGAUGGUCUGAGCUCAUUAACAUUAUUACACUUGAAAGACUGUUGUAACUUGUUUGAACUACCUGCAAACAUUAGUUCCUUGUCAUCAUUGCAUGAAUUGAGACUAGAUGGAAGCAGUUUGGAGGGGUUGCCUGCUAGCAUCAUGUACCUCUCAGAGCUAGAAGUUCAGUCUUUAGACAAUUGCAGUAAGCUUCGAUGUCUGCCAGAACUUCCUUCAAGCAUCAAAGAGUUUCAAGCCGACAACUGCACCUCGUUAAUGACAGUAUCCACUUUGAAGACUUUUUCAGUAAACAUGAUUGGACAGAAAAAAUACAUUUCGUUUCAGAAUAGUAUUAAGAUGGAAUUGGAUGGACCCUCCCUUGUCCGCAUUACAGAAGAUGCCAUGUUCACAAUGAAAAGUGCUGCCUUUCACAAUGUAUUAGUGAGAAAGUACAGAUACCAAACCCACAGCUACAAUUAUAACAGCGCCGGGGUUUGUCUGCCAGGGCACAGAGUUCCAAGUCAGUUCAAAUGCCGAUCAAUCAAAUAUUCCUCCGUAACUAUCAACAUUUCCAACUCGGUGGGCUUCAUUUUUGCAGUUGUUGUUACUCCAUCUAAGAUAACACAACAACAUGGAUACUUUGUCGGAAUCCUAUGUCAAUGCUAUUCGGAAGAUGGAAGGAGGGAGGUGGGAUUUAAGUCUAGCUGGAAUCAUAAACCGGUUUCAAAUUUGAACAUGGAUCAUGUUUUUGUAUGGUAUGAUCCAUACCAUUCUGACAGCAUACUCGGAAGGGAUGAACAAAAGGUUACUUUUAAAUUCCGCAUUACAACUUGUACAAGUAGCGGCAGAGAGCUUGGUGGCCUUUUAAGUAUCAAAGAGUGCGGUGUUUGUCCAAUUUACUACUCAGAAAGUAGGAGGGUUUUAGGCACAGGGAAUUUAGACAAGGGCUUAGAAUUAGAGCUGUAUCAGGAAAUUGAAUUUGAGAGAUCAGUUGAAUGCUAUAAUGAGGGAGAAGACGUUGACAUUGAAUCAAAUGAAAUAUGUGACGACAAGGAAGGCACAGGCAUACAGAACCAAGAGUUGGACUUGAAUGAAAAUUGUUACCAUUCAUAUGACUGUUUAAUUGAUGCUCAGGCACAUUACAAUCCUCAAGAGAAAGAAAAUUUGGAAGAUGAUGAUAAUUCCAAAGAAAUGAUGAAAUAUGAGAUUCCUCAUAAUAGUACUUCUUUGAAGUCUGGAGAGGAAACUGAAACUUCUUCCAACAAACAAAAACAAUUCGAGAAGGAGGAAGAUUCUAACGAAGGAAGUUCUGAUAUAGAAUUGUCUAUCAUUAAAGUAAUUAAGAGAGACAAAUCUUCCACUGAUGAUGAAUCUCACCCUUCUAUAUCUCCAACACGAUUAAAUUUAAGGAACAAGUUGAAGACAGAUGAGGAAAAUAAGAAUCUGCAACAAUCACCACCUUCAUUAGUGAAGAAUCUAUAUAUUCCAACUGAUUCUUUUACUAAUUUGUUACAACUACAAGAUCCUCCCAACAAAUUAAAUCCAAACUCCUUGAUGGCCGCUCAGAGUUCUUCAUGUAAGGCUUCUUCUUCAAAGGGUCCAGUAAGAAGAAUUGAAGAGGACUCUUCAAAAUUAAAGAAAUGCAGUACUUUGGAAUGUUCUCCUGUCGAUUAUUCUGAAUAUAAGAGAGUCCUUGAAGAAGACCCUCUGGCAAUCUUGGAGAAACUCUUAUCGGAUGAAUUUGGUCGUUCUUCACAGGCUUCUCACUCUACAACACAAGCAGAAGUUACUGAAACUAGGAAAGAGUCAAUUGAGACGCUGCUUGAUGAAUUAAGGCAAUUGGCUUUUUCGAGGAACUUGUUGAAAAAUUUGUCCAAUGAUGUGACCCUUGAAGAAGAGGUGAAAGCUUUAUUAGUUAAACUCAAUUUUAGAGCUAAUGAGCUUUCUGAGAAACAAAGUUCUGGUAUUACUGAUUUCACCACAAUCUUUAAUGAGGCCAAAGUCAAUAUUGAUGAAGGAAAACGGAGCAAUGUUACACUUCAACAACUUAAUGCGGACCAUAAAGAUUCAAUAUCGAAGCUUCAAGCAUCUAAAAUCAAGAUAAGGAAGUUCGAAGAGUCCAUCAUUGCAGGUGAGGAUAAGAUUAAGGCCUUGGAUGUUGAAAUUGAAGAUAUUAGAGCACAGAUUGUUUUGCUGGAGGAAAAAGCACUUAAGGUUCAACAAGAGAAGUUGCAGUUAGAGAAUGCCUGGCUGAAAUGUAAAGAGAAGAGAAGUGAAAUUUUCGAUGAAGCGAAAAAUGUGGCCUCUAAAACCAUACAAACCCGGGAGAUGAUUGAUAAUGUCAAAAAGAAGAAGCAGGAGUUGGAUUCAGAUUAUGAGAAGCUUGAAGAACAUUAUGCCAUAAUGAGACUAUUACCUCCUUUUUAGAAUUCACAUUAUUAUGCUUCUUAUUUCCUAUCUCUUUGAAUAAUUUAUAAAGAAUAAAUUGCAAGAACAAUUCCAAAAAUAUAUGUUUGGUAAGGAUAUGUAUCAAUGAUUCUGGCAAUGGAUAAAUGACAUGUUAUUUCAA